AUGGCCUCAAGAUUCCAGCGCGACUCGCGCAACUCUCUCUUUUCCUCCUACGACGUCGCCGCACCCAAUCGAUCCCGUCCAGGCUCUGGCUCGCCCGCGCCACGACCUUUACACAACAGUCAACCUUCUCUGGGACCAUACGGCGAUCCGAGCAUUUCACAAGGCGUUGCGGCGUUCAGUGCUUAUCCUGGCGGAGCAGAGGCGGCAGGCGCAAGAGGAAGUGGAGAUGGAGGCUUCCGAACGGCGACUCCGAAUCGGAGGGGACAAUAUUCGGAUUCGGUGUUGAGUGAAUUGGAGAGCCAGAAUGAUGAUCAAGCGGGAGAGAUGAGUAAGAAAGUGAAGAUGUUGAAGGAUUUGACGAUGGCCAUUGGCGACGAGAUUCGCGACAGUACGGCGUUUGCGGAGAAAAUGAACGAUCAGUUUGAAGGGACGAGAAACCGGUUACGAGGAACGAUGAAUCGAAUGUUGAGGAUGGCGGAGCGGACGGGCGUGGGUUGGAAGGUGUGGAUUGGGUUCUUCUUUGCGGUGUUCUUACUCUUUGCAUAUGUGUGGUUGUUCUGAGAAGAUGGCUUCUGGACAGGCCGAAGGAAGACACGCAGAGAAUAUCUUGGUGGGAGGGCGUAUAAAGCACCACGAAGGACUACACGACUGAUCGCCCGCUCAGAGAGAGGCGAUACGAACAACUUCAUUCGGGCAUCUAGGCGCGAAUUGUGCUGAUACUCAGGGCUGAUGCCAUUGCAAGAAAACAAAUAUUCC